AUGGCCAGCAACAACAAGGGCGACGACGCUUUCAACAGAGCGAAUGUCAACUUGAGAGGAUCAAUGCCCUCGAGCCUUCUCGAAGGAUCAGAUCAGAGGCUGGUGUCACUGAAAUUUUUGACGAGAAUGAUCAGCAGUUUCGAUGCGCUGGUGUUGCAGUUAUCCGCCAUAGGAUUAACAACCGAGGCCUUUUGUGGAGGUGUGCAUGGAGCUGUAUUCCCAGGUUGUCCAGAGACAUUCCAAUCAUCAGGACAAUCCAGAGAUCGAAGAGAAAGAGAAAGCUCUGAAGACCAGCACCAGAAGGUUCGACAAGUUAGAAAGGGCGAUGUUGUUGCCUUGCCUGCAGGAGUAGCUGAUUGGUUUUAUAACAAUGGUGAUUCCCCUCUUGUUCUUGUUCAACUUCUUGACACAAGCAAUGCUGCGAACCAGCUUGAUCAAGAUUUCAGGAAAUUCUUCUUGGCUGGCAAUCCACAACAAGAACUACAAAGCCAAAGGAGCUUCUACCAGAGAGGCCAAUACGGACAUGAAGGCGAAAGUCGGAGACCUCAGCAAGAAAGAAACCGCAACAUCGUCAGUGGCUUCGAUGAGCGAAUCCUUGCAGAAGCUUUCAACGUUGACACCAGACUAGCAAGAAAGUUGAGAAACGAAAACGAUAAUAGAGGCAUCAUCGUUCGAGCUCAGCAUGAACUUCAGAUGGUAAGCCCACGACAGAGUCAAGAGGAGGAAGAAAGAGAAGAAGAAGAAUACCGAAGGAGCCCGGGUCGUGGGGAUAAUGGUGUAGAGGAAACUUUCUGCACAGCCAGGUUGAAGCACAACAUCAAUAACCCAAACCGUGCUGAUGUCUUUAAUCCACGAGCUGGACGCCUCACCUCUGUCAACAGCCUCAAUUUCCCCAUCCUUCGAUAUGUCCAGCUUAGUGCUGAGAGAGGUGUCCUCUAUCCGAAUGCUUUGAUGGCACCACAUUGGAACAUCAAUGCCCACAGCAUAUUGUACAUCACCAGGGGAAAUGGAAGGAUUCAGAUCGUUGGAGACGAUGGACAGACAGUAUUUGAUGGACAAGUUCGGGAGGGUCAAGUAGUCACAGCACCACAAAACUUUGCAGUUGUGAAGAAGGCCGGAAACCAAGGCCUCGAGUGGGUAUCAUUUAAAACCAAUGACUAUGCACAAAUCAGUCAAUUGGCAGGACGUGUCUCGGCCAUCCGGGGCAUACCAGAGGAAGUGCUAGCAAACUCAUUCCAGAUCUCGAAGGAAGAUGCCAGGAAGCUUAAGAACAAUAGGGAGGAGGUUAGUGUUUUCAGUCCUCGAUUUGGAAGGGAUUAA